UUUUACGUUGCGCCGGAUUUCUCAGGAGUCGCGUUGAACGAGCAAUUCCCCUCCCACUUUCCUUUUUGCCCAUCUUCUAGAGCGAUUCUCUGUGUUUUCUCCAUCCUCACCGAUUUUCUCCGACCACCCCUUCCUAGAUAGAGUACCUCCCCGAGUACCUGCAUAAAGCCAACCCCUGCAAUAAUCAUGGCAUCACAAAACACCACCCCCAGUGCCGUCUCCUCAUCCGGAAUCACCGUCGAUGCAGUCACAGGAGAACGGUACAUUCCUUCCUCCGUCCGAGCAGACGGGUCCAAGCGUCGUGAAAUUCGCGUCCGCCCGGGAUACCGUCCACCAGAGGAUGUAGAGCUUUACAAGAACCGAGCCGCAGAGGCAUGGAAGAACCGCGGGAAGACCGGCGGAGUGCCUGGAGCCGAGGGAUUGAAAGAGCCUGAACCGACGAAACCAAGCAGCGCAGCCAGCAACAAGAAUGCGAAACGACGAGAAGCGAAAAAGAAGGCCAAGGGCACCCCCGACGGCGCCGUAGCUGGUCCCAACGGCAAGGACAUCUCUCAGAUUGACAACUGGCGGGCGUCUUCGUCUCCACCGGGCGAUAAGAAGCCAGCGGAGGGGCCAGAAGCCCCCGCAGCCGAGGUCGACCUGGAGGCAGAAAGGGAGAAGAAGGCACGCAAUCUGAAGAAGAAACUUCGCCAGGCUCGUGACUUGAACGACAAGAAAAACCAAGGCGAAGCUUUGCUUCCUGAGCAGUUGGAAAAGGUGAUCAAGAUCCAGGAACUCGUUCGCCAGCUAGAGGCGCUUGGGUUUGAUGGCAAUGGAGAGAAAACGACCACCGAGGAGAAGCCUGAGAAGUAAAUAUAUAUAUAUAUAUAUUUACGGUGAUCAGUUGCAAUCUUCUCAAGCAAACGCUAUGCCGGUAUCAUGGCAUCCUCCUCUUCCCAUUCAUGAGAUCACUACACGACAACAACCGGUGCAAAACCGCUUUCAUACAUACUUGGUUUUGGAGGCUGCCGCGCCACUGUGACAGGAUCCUGUAUCAUCCAUGAAUAUCCAGUGUCAAAAGCCACUGUUCCUCUCCUCGGAUCGUUUGCAAACCUGCAACUUACUAUUAAGACUAAAGGUAUUGGCAUUGGAGCCUCGCAAAUCGCACACAGCCAAGGGUCGCCCGCGGGAGCUGUCGCUCGACAAAGCAAAGCAAUACCGAAUCACAGAUUUAAGGCAUUGGCAAGACAGGAUUGAUGAUUGGGAUAUGUUUUUCCUAUUUACUUUCGCUAGAUCUAUUCAAACACGUACUUUUUAAAUCAAAAACCUCCACAGGAGCAUUACAGUGGGG